AUGUCGAAGGUCAUUAGAAGCGUCAAGAAUGUGACGAAGGGUUACUCCUCCGUCCAAGUGAAAGUCCGGAAUGCUACAAGCAAUGAUCCCUGGGGGCCUACUGGGACAGAAAUGAGCGAAAUUGCCCAGAUGACCUUCAAUUCCUCGAAUGAAUUUUACGAGAUUAUGGAUAUGCUGGAUAAGCGAUUGAACGACAAGGGAAAGAACUGGCGCCACGUAUUGAAAGCUCUCAAGGUUCUGGACUAUUGUCUUCACGAAGGUUCGGAAUUGGUUGUUACUUGGGCGCAUAAGAACAUCUACAUCAUCAAGACCCUGAGGGAGUUUCAGUACAUUGAUGAAGACGGUCGGGACGUGGGGCAGAAUGUUCGGGUUUCUGCGAAGGAGUUGACCUCACUUAUCUUGGACGAAGAGAGACUUCGUGCUGAGCGUAGUGAUCGGAAGAACUGGAAGUCGAGAGUGACUGGCAUUGAGGAAUAUGGCCCACAGGAUCACCAACAACCUCAACGUCGGGCUACUCGACCACAGCGUGCUCAGCGAGCCGACGAAGAAGAUGCCGAAUACAAAUUGGCUAUCGAAGCUAGCAAGUAUCAAGAAGAAGAGGAUAGAAAGAAGCGCCAGAGUCGAAAUGGAGAGCCUGAGGAUGAUGAUCUUGCGAAGGCGAUUAAGUUGAGCAAGGAGGAAGAGGAGCUUCGGCGGAGAGAGCUAGAGGAGCAGAACGCAGCCAGUCUAUUUGAUGACGAUCCUAUCCAGACUGCUCAACCUACUGGCUUCAACCAAGGAUAUCAACAACAGACCCAAGUUGAUUGGGCAGGAAAUCCCAUUGACCCAAAUAUGCAGCAACAACAAACUGGCUACAUGAAUAACAUGUACACUGGUUACCAACAGCAGCAGCCAACUGGCUACCAGAAUGGAUUUUCGAACGGAUUUGGAGCUCAACCGACCGGCUUUGAUCCAUAUGGUCAACAGCAACAGCAGCAACAACAACAAUUGCAACCACAGCAAACGAGCUACAACCCAUAUGCUCAACAGAGUCCGUUUCAACAACCGCAGCAACAGCCGGAACCCCUUGUUCCUGCUAGCACGAACAACCCAUGGGCUACGAACUCCCAGCCUAUGGCAAUGAAGCCAACCCCCACUGGGUCUAAUAAUCCUUUCGCGACUAGCUUUGCUCGUCCUCAAACCGCAACUCCUACUAAGCCAUCUCUCGCCACUCUCCAAGAGCAGAAGACUGCUACUUUCAAUAAUAAUUCCUACAACCCAAUUGCUUCAUUCCAGCCACCUCCCAAGGAACAAGAUCCUCAUCAUGCAAGACUCAACGCUUUACUUUCAAGUGGUGAUGGUAUGGAUACAUUCGGUAACACUGGCGAGAUGAGAAUUCCCGCCCAGCACACCGCACCCGGCACAUUCGUCAAUAGUGCAGGCGCAGGACUCGGACGACUUACCGGUCAGCAAACUGGUACCAACCCAUUCUUGCAAAACCAGUACACUGGAAUGCCACAAACACAAUAUGGCGCUACAGGACAUCAGAUUCCGGCUGCAACUGGACCGGCUGGUAUGUCAAAUGGAUUCGGUGGUGGGUAUGGCUCUCAACAGCAGAACGCGAACCCAUUUGGUCAAAGACCGCAACAAAACAACGGGCAAGGAGGUGAUUUGAUUCAGUUUUAG